ACGUAGAAAGCAGACGUCCCUUCCGGUUUCCAGUCAUUAAAAGCAAAACCCCGCCGCAAAAAGGAGCACGUUUCUAACUUCUCUCACCAAACGACAAAGAUAUGACGACUAUACGCAAGAUUUGCUGUAUCGGAGCUGGCUACGUCGGCGGGCCGACUUGUUCCGUGAUCGCCUACAAAUGUCCGGAUAUCCAGGUAACUGUAGUGGACCUGAGCCAGUCCCGUAUUGAUGCCUGGAACUCGGACCAGCUGCCCAUCUUUGAGCCAGGCCUGCAGGACCUGGUGGAAAACUGCAGGGGAAGGAACCUCUUCUUCUCAACAGAUGUGGAUAAAGCCAUAAAGGAGGCUGAUCUUAUCUUCAUCUGUGUGAACACACCAACCAAGACAUUUGGUGUGGGGAAGGGCAGAGCAGCAGACCUCAAGUACAUCGAAUCAGCUGCUAGGAAGAUUGCAGAUGUAGCAACAGGUACCAAGAUGGUAGUAGAGAAGAGCACAGUGCCAGUCCGUGCUGCAGAGAGCAUCAGCAGGAUUCUUGCUGCAAACACAAGGGAAGAUAUGAACAUUCAGGUGAUGUCCAACCCAGAGUUCCUUGCAGAAGGCACAGCGGUGAAGGAUCUACUUAAUCCAGACCGAGUGCUGAUUGGUGGAGAGGACACAGAGGAGGGGCACAAGGCAGUUCAGGCCCUUGCAGAUGUGUACGCCAACUGGGUUCCACGUGAAAAGAUCCUCACCACCAACACGUGGUCCUCAGAACUCUCCAAGCUGGCAGCCAACGCCUUCCUGGCUCAGCGAAUCAGCAGCAUCAACUCUAUCUCCGCAGUGUGUGAGGCUACGGGCGCAAAUGUCUCGGAGGUGGCACAUGCCAUAGGCAUGGACAGUAGGAUAGGAAACAAGUUCCUGAAGGCCAGUGUGGGGUUUGGUGGGAGCUGCUUCCAGAAGGACGUUUUAAACCUGGUGUACUUGUGUGAGGCACUCAACCUACCUGAGGUGGCAGCAUACUGGCAGGAGGUGAUCAACAUGAAUGACUACCAAAGGAGGCGUUUCACCAACAGAAUCAUCGAGUGCCUCUUCAACACUGUCACUGGCAAGAAAAUUGCCAUUCUGGGUUUCGCCUUCAAAAAAGACACAGGUGAUACAAGAGAGUCAUCUUCUAUCUAUGUGUGCAAGUACCUGAUGGACGAGGGAGCUCACUUACACAUCUACGAUCCACAGGUGAAGAAAGAACAGAUCCUCUACGAUCUGAAGCAGCCAAUCAUAUCCGACGACCCAGACCGCGUGGAGAAGUUGGUUACCAUAGAGACCGACCCGUACAAGGCUCUGGAAGGGACGCACGCGCUCGUGGUGUGCACGGAGUGGGACGAGUUUGUGGCGUACGAUUACCAGCGUAUCUAUCGCAGUAUGCUGAAACCAGCGUUCGUUUUCGAUGGUCGUAUGAUCCUGGAUCACGCUGCUUUGACAGAAAUGGGCUUCCAGGUGGAAGUCAUUGGAAAGAAAAUAAAAAAGCCCUUCUCAAAUGGUAAUCUCAAUGGGAACGAAUGCUAAAGGAAAAGAGAACAGCAAUUUCAAUAGAUAGCUCACAAACAUUGUAUCACCAACAUACUGCUAUACACUAUGUACAGAAAGUUGAAAAUAUUUUUGUAAACUGGGUUCACAGGGUUUUUAUAAAGCACACAUAUAGGUAACAUCUUUGCAACAGUAUUUUUCAAAUCCAUGUUCCAUUGAUUUGUUGGGAAGUAUUUACCUUUGGAUCAGUAAAACUUCCAAAACUUGAAAAACUAUAAGAAUUAAAAAGUAGAGUAAGUCCGUACAUGAUUCUCACUAUGAAUUAAGAAGUUGUUAUUAAAGUACAGGUAAUAGCUAUGAAUCAAAAUGGUCAUAAAUAUUCAUGACCAUUGCUACUCAUGAUCAUGAUAAGUUGAAUUGUUACCGUAAAAGGACCAAAGCUCUUAUUUUCUAAACAUUCCAAUUGAAUGAAGGCACUCAGUAUAGGUGUACUCGACUAGUUUUUCUGACAGCUCAAUAGAGUAAGAUUCUAUAUUAUUACGCCACUGAAUUCUUGCGAAAGCCCUGUUGUUCAUAGCCUGGAGUACAGCCUUGUUAGUUUUAGUCCGCUCCCCAAAAUUGCAGAGUCCACAUGACUGUGCGGCAGCCAUGUUGAUGAUGAUAUUAGACCUCGCCUCUAAGGACCCUGUUCCAAAUAGCCAAUCACGGCGCUCAAAGUUAAACAUAUUUUCAGCAAAGACGCCUGCUGUAAUGGUACCCAGUCUUGUUGGCGGGAUAGCGGAUCUUGGGGAGCAGACUAAAGCUAACAAGGCUGGACUCCAGGCUAUGUCAAGAUAAGAAUGCCUACUCACAGGGUUAAAGACAGUCAAAUAAUGAGGUUACAUUUUACAAACACUUUACAAAGCAAUACAAUUUGUAUCUCUUUUUAGAUACUAUAGGUACAGUGUCAACAUCUGCUAUUUUAUUUGCUUCGACAGCUAUGACUCACAAG